CAAGUUUUGAUAAACUUGACCAAUAAAGUCUCGUUUUCGUUGCAAAACGUUUUCCGUUUGAAGUAAACGGUUUCAGUAAAGAAGAAUGCGACUUUUUUUACUGACGCUGUGGGACGUGAUAUUGCGGAAGAUACACACACACGCCACAAAUGAACUCUGCAAAGCACGUUGGUGGGUGUGAUAACUGCGGGCUGAAGUCUACAGCGGCGCUUGCCUGUCAGUGCCAGUGACGUGGAGAGGCAGAAGUCAAGCAACUCUUCUGAUUUCUCAAGACAAUAGAAGAUUCGAAAUUGGUAUUUAUUGUCGACUUGGCAUCGCGGGCAACCUUUAAAAGUGGACCUUAUUGCGCCAGCGAACGAAGCACGUGGCUUCACAGGGAGAGGGGAAGAUGCAAAAAAGCUUGUCAGUGUAUGACAGUCAUGGCUCAACAUUUGCACCUCUGGUGGUCAUCGAGUUGGUUUCGGAAACCAAAGAGGAAGCCAUCGCAUGGUUACUAAACAGGGUCAGAGACAAGCAGCAAGAUGGAGGGGCUGAGCUGCUGGUGGAGCAGCUGACUCCAGGGGCCCAGGGCACGGAGAAGGACAACCCCAAUGUGUAUGUGGUGGGGGCCUCCUGGCAAAGGCUCCUAUACGGAGCUGAGGAUGUGGGCCUCUUCAAGGAGUUCAACGACGGAUCCAUGAGAGGCUUCACGUAUGCCAACAAGCACAACUUCAAAGAGUUCCAAGGUGAUGGGGAUGGUUUUCUGAGCAUGGCUGAGUGUCAAUACAUCAUAAAACAUGAACUGGACAACCUGAGGGCCAAGGAUGAGGCCCACGUGCCUGGAUAUCCGAAGAUGAAACUGUAUCCAGGGAAGUCAGUCAUACGCAGACUGCAAUCAAAGGGGAUCCUUGUCCAAGUUUUCCCUCUGCAUGAGAAGGAGGAACUCAAAAGGCUUUCCUUUUCCUGGUUCAAAAAGAUCAAGUUGUCCUUCCAGCCUCUAGAUGACAUCAGGCACUACUUUGGUGAGGGUAUGGCACUCUACUUUGGUUUCCUGGAGUAUUUCACCUUGGCCCUGAUCCCCAUGGCCCUCAUAGGGAUACCAUACUACCUCUUCGACUGGGAGGACUACGACAAGUUCACUGUGUUCGCCGGCUUCAACCUGGUGUGGUGCACGGUGAUCCUGGAGUUGUGGAAGCGCCUCAGCGCUUCGCUGGCGUACGGCUGGGGCACCCUGAGCAGGAAGAAAGCCUUCGAGGAGCCGAGGCCGGGCUUCCACGGCGUCUUGGGCGUCAACCCCGUCACGGGGCGGGCGGAGCCGCUCUACUCAAACGCCAAGCGUCAGCUGAGGAUCUACCUGGUGUCUGUUCCCUUUGUGCUGCUGUGCCUCUACCUGUCUCUGUACGUCAUGAUGAUCUACUUUGACAUGGAGGGCUGGGCCUUGAUGAUCCAUGAUGAGGAUCCGACCUUCUGGACAGGACUGCUACUUUUUAUCCCCAGUAUUAUCUACGCUGUGGUCAUAGAGAUCAUGAACCUCAUAUACCGCUAUGCUGCAGAGUUCCUCACUGGCUGGGAAAACCACAGGCUUGAGUCAACAUUUCAAAAUCACCUGGUCCUUAAAGUACUGGUGUUCAACUUCUUCAACUGUUUUGCCUCCCUAUUCUACAUUGCCUUUGUGAUGCAGGAUAUGGUGCUUCUCAGACAGAGUCUGGCCACGCUGCUGAUAACGUCUCAGAUCCUGAACCAGAUCAUGGAGGCCUUCCUGCCCUACUGGCUCCAGAGGAGGAGGAACAAGAAGGCCCAUAAGAGGAUGAUAAAAACCAUGGAAGACAAGGAGCUGCCCCUCUCUGAGCAGGUCAAGCUGGAGGCAGACAUGAGCACCUACCUGGGAACAUUUGAUGACUACCUGGAGCUGUUCCUGCUGUUUGGCUAUGUCAGUCUGUUCUCCUGUGUCUACCCUCUGGCCGCGGUGCUGGUGGUGCUCAACAACGUCACAGAGGUCUACUCGGAUGCCUUCAAGAUGUGUAAGGUGUUCAAAAGACCCUUCUCUGAGCCUGCAGCCAAUAUAGGGGUGUGGCAGCUUGCCUUUGAGGCCAUGAGUGUGAUCGCCGUGGUGACCAACUGUGCCUUGAUUGGCAUGUCCCCCCAAGUCAAGUCCUAUUUCCCGGAGUCAGAGACACAGCUCAUAAUGUGGGUGGUGGGCUUCGAGGUUGACACAGAGGAGAGAGGAAGGGGAGUUGUGAUGUAUGGUGGAGUAGGAAGUACCUCUGUCUGGACAACAGAAGCUGGGCUGGCACAGCGCUACUGCAGAGGUCAAGUGAAAUGUCUGUUUAGCCUGCUGACGAUCAAGGACGCAGGUGGAGAUGACUUCUUAAGAUGAGACAUAAUGGGAGUG